AUGCAAUUAGCAUUAGCUGCAAAAUACAUAGGAGCUGCAAUAGCAAGUUUAGGAUUAGGAGGAGCUGCCAUAGGUAUUGCUUUAGUUUUCGUUGCUUUAAUAAACGGAACAGCUCGUAACCCAUCAUUACGUUCAACAUUAUUCCCUCAAGCAAUUUUAGGAUUUGCUUUAGCAGAGGCUUGUGGAUUGUUUUGUCUUAUGAUUUCAUUCUUAUUAUUAUACGGAGUUUAA